AUGAUGCAAGAGAAGGACAGCGCGGACCACCUGCCCACCCUCUUCCCUCCGGCCCGGUUCGGGCUGGUCGAGAAUGGAGUCUACAGAUCGGCCGUGCUGCGACCACCCAACUUUGCCUACGUCAAGCAGCUGCGGCUGCGCACGGUCGUGCGUCUAUCGCCUGAGGUGCCCAACAAGUACAUUACGGCAUUCUACGAGGAGAAUGGGGUGCGAAUCAUCCAUUUGGGGCUAAAGGCGCUCGAGAUUUCCAAGGAGCGAGUAGCGAGCAAUGCAACGGAGACGAACACGCUGCUCACCGAGGAGGUGGUGAAGGAGGCGCUCGAGAUCAUCCUCGACGCGCGACAUCACCCGCUUCUACUCGUUUGCAGCUCGGGCUGCCACCACACGGGGAUCGUGGUAGCCUGCCUGCGCAAGCUGCUCGACUACAACCUCACCUCCAUCCUGCAGGAGUACCGCGACUACGCCCUCUCCAACACGCGCGCCAUCAACGAGCAGUUCAUCGAGUUGUUCGACACCGACCUCGUCACUCUGCCACCCGAGGAGCGUCUGCCCUCGUGGUUCCUCGACUGGCGACGGAUGAAGGGCGAAGAGGAGGAGGAAGCAGAAGCUUCCAUCAACCACGGUGUCACAAUUCAACAUUAA